GAAAAUGCAUCACAUACGAUCCAGUUGCCAGGUAUGGCGUGAUCCAUGCCGGGAUGCGCUGGGCUGCGAUCAUAACCGAAAGCCACGUCCUCCUUCGUCAUCAUUGGACAUGCGUUGAACUUGCCUCCGAAUGCCGUGACGGCACAGCCGUCUACCACGUGUCUCCUACAUAGUCUCCUGCCAUUUUCCGGAGACCCUGUGUGUGUGCAAUUUAUCGCAUCGCAUGAGCACCUUACUUUCGUCAGCCACCAAGCGAACCCUCAUCUUGCCUCUCGUAUUUAUACCGGUAUCUACCAAGUUGUGCGCUGGUGCAAUGUGCUGCAAUGCAAUGGCAGGACCAGCCAUCCCGUAAAAACUGACUCGAGAAAUCUGCUUCAACGAUUGACCUGUCAAAACAAAUAAAAUGCCAUAGAAAAACCAGAUUUUCGUCAAACGCCCCCCAACCUCAUUCCCCAAUUUGCCAAGAGAGUCUAACAUCGAAACAACCAGUUGGUUGUCUGCCGUCCUCGUCCUCUCCUCGCUCUACCAGCCCACGCCAGUCCUCGACUAACCUCCGCCCGCGUAUCGCCGUCUCCUUUCGCUCUUUUUCCAGCGUUAAAGAGACCGCCGUCUUCCUCAACAGUCCGUUCAGCAGCUCAAGGGAUGCUGAAGGACUGCCCGCAGCACCAGUGGAUCAACCAGCGCUCGCACGAAACCCGCACGGCCUUUUCGCAAUCGGAAUAAGCCCCCAGCCCCCAUAUUGAGUACAAUUUCACUUUAUUCCGUUGCCGUCAUGGCGUCCCACGGCUUCGAGGCUCUCGCCAGUGAGAAUCUCCGUCAAGUGCUGGAUUUUCUGCCUAUUCGAGAGCAAUUUGCACUGCUUAGCUGCAGCAAGGAGCUACUUAGUCGAGAAUCUUUAGCUCCUGUCGUGGUGUCCUACUGCGGACAGUGCGAUGCGUGUCUGGACAAGACUGAACAUCUAUGUGGACAAAAGUUUAAGAACGAAACUAAGGACUUCUGGACGGCGGUGCUCAAAUACUCGACCCCCACUGGGCUCACAGAGCUGAGAUUGGCCAGUUGUGAUGGCUUUGAUGCCUCGGUGUUGAAAAGUGCCGGUGCUAAGGCCGCACUGGCGCCGUUGAAGGUGCUGGAGCUCAAUAGGUGCACGACUAUGGACGCCGAGGCUCUUGGACUCAUUGCAGACGUGUGUGGGAAUCUGAGAGAGCUCAGAUUCAGAGAUAUGGCUGUGGAUCGCACUGCACUGAAGAAAUUACUAACGAACAAUGCAGCUUCGCUGCGAGUCGUGGACUUGCUCGGUUGCCACACAGUGAAAGGCGAAGAUGUUCGCGGUAUUGCCCAGUGCACACAGCUUCGAGACUUGAGUCUGUGGGGCUGCCACAAUGUGGACAAUGCAUCCAUUGUUCACGUCGUGCAGCAUUGCAGUCAAUUGGAGAGACUGAACCUUCGUUACGCUCACAAAGUAGAUGAUAAGGUCGUAGCGGCGAUUGCCGCGCAUUUGCCGCAACUCAAGGAUCUGAACCUCCGCUACUGCUACAAAAUUUCGGACAAGGGUGUCAAGACGCUGUGUGGCUCUUUACCGGGACUCCGCUCGCUGAACUUGUCGCAAUGCUCGCGUCUCACUGAUGCCGCUAUCAUGCAGGUGGCUGCGUCGAUGACUCGCCUUAAGGAGCUUCGUCUCUGGGGCUGCACGAAGCUCACGUCGGAUUCGGUUUUCUUCAUCUCGGAGGGACUACCGGAGCUGACACUACUGGAUUUACGCAGUCGCGACAAGCUUGAGGCUGUCAUUGGUGGGCCUACAGCACUCAAGUUCCUGAUCCAGACUUAUCGCAGCAAGCUGGCGAGAUGGGAACAAGCUCAAGGUGAGCAAACUGGCGUGUUCAAGCGCCACAACGUGGUAGCUGCAGCCGCGUGAAGAGCUUGACCCGUUAUCGUUCUGCUACGACGGUGUCCACGCUGCUCUCUCUUCUUUUCCAGUCAACGUGCUUCUUAUUUUUCAAGCUUGGAUGUUACGACUUCGGAUCUGUUUCCAGUAUCUGUAGUUUUUUUUUUCUUUUGAUUUUUCAUAUUGACACUCGAGAGAAUGAUAACGAAAAACUAAUGCAACAUUUCUAAAAUCUAAA